GGAGGAACUGAAGUCAGGAGCAUUAUGGUUAUUCCAGAUCUCUACUUGAAUGCCAAAGGAGGGACAGUGUCCUACUUUGAGUGGCUGAAGAAUCUAAAUCAUGUCAGAUAUGGCUGUUUGACCUUCAAAUAUGAAAGGGAUUCUAAUUACCACUUGCUCAUGUCUGUUCAACAGAAUUUAGCAAGAACGUUUGGAAAGCACAGUGGAACUAUUCUCAUUAUACCCACAGCAGAGUUCCAAGACAGGGUAUCAGGUGCAUCAGAGAAAGACACCAUGCACGCUGACCUGGUGUACACAAUGGAGAGUUCUGCCAGACAAAUUACGUGCAUAGUCAUGAAGUUUAACCUGGGAUUGGACACGAGGACCACCGUCUAUGUCAACGCCAUUAAGAAAGUCUUCAAAGUGUACAAUGAAGCCAGUGUGACCUUCACGUAG